AUGUCCACAGUCGUCUCGUCCGCAGGCAUGCAUUUUCUACGCUCCUCUCCGGUCCAGGCGACCUCAUUGUUCCGCAGAGACUCGAAAAGACAGUCUCACCUCGGCUCACGUGGGUCUGAGUCGGGCACAACUGCUCCCGUCCAUCGGGCGAGCCCACUGGCUCUGUUCACGCCCCGCACCAUCCAAGGCGUAGGGUUCAGCGGACCCUGUGGUACGCCGGAUUUCGUGCCCGCCUCCCAGUUUCUCACCAGUGCGGCUGUUGCCACGCUGGUGAGAAACAGCUCGUCUGGUCACCUAGUCGGCACCGAGACCGGCCAGGCCGAGGUGUUGUGCCGACGACAGGCGUCCAUGAGGGACGAGUGCCGUGGUACCAGGCUGGGGAGGGAGGUCGACUUGGCGCAGGGCGAGUUAGGACGCUCACCGGCCUGUGCGUGUGUCGGAGGCAACGGAAGCGGUAGCAGUGGCUGUCACAGCCUGGGGAGUAUUAGCAGUGCCGGGGCGGGGCCGCCUCUGGGGGCCAGUCCACCAGAGUCUGGGCCCCAAUCACCCCGAUCGCGAUGUCCCAUCCAUGAAGGAGUCCAGUUUACGCCGCCCAGACAGGCCCCAGCUGUACUGGCCUCCCACCCGCUGGGUCAGGCAGCUUUGGGGCAUCCAGGGGACAAAGUGGGAUCGGGGGUUGGUGGUGACGCAGUGAAAGAGGACACGUCUGCCUCGUGCGAUGUUGAGGUGACACUUACACGUGGCGAAAACGGAUUCGGAUUCCGGCUAGUCGGGGGCGCCGAAGAAGGAACUCAGGUGACCACUAAAUAUUCUUGUUUUGGCGACUUUUGCGUCUUGGCAACCGUUGGGCUAGGCUAUCGGGACAAAUUUAUCAAAGAGAACAGGAAGAAAAGUUGUGCUUAA